CACAAUUCCGUUCUACCCGGAAGUUUCAGCCCUUGUUGCUCUUGUUGAUGAUUUGGAAUGGGCGCUGAUCAUGGGUGGGAAAUAGAAAACAUUUAGCCCUAUCUUGGUUCUUCUGCACUCGGAAAAAAAACGAAAUCACGCCACCAUGACAAACGUGUACUCCUUCGACGGCAUCCUAGUCUUCGGCCUGCUCUUCAUCUGUACGUGUGCGUACCUGAAGAAGGUGCCUCGCCUCAACAGCUGGCUCUUGUCUGAGAAGAAAGGGGUGUGGGGCGUCUUCUAUAAAGCGGCGGUAAUCGGGACCCGGCUUCAUAUCGCCGUGGCGCUCUCCUGUCUGGGCAUGGCCUUCUAUCUGGUCUUCUUGAAAUGACACCGAUCUCCCCGGCUUAUGGACACUGUUUGGACGUUGAGGCCUGGAGCGCCAUUGGGAAUGCCGUACAGGAGAAUCCUUCCACCAGGACACACACAGAGACUGCUCCACAUUCCUACUUCCUUCCUGUUUCUCACGUUGUAACCAUUUUGUCAUAAUUUUUUCCUCUUUAUAUGAUAAUUUGUCUUCGACUCGAGCUGGAUGGAGAUGCAUCUAAAUGAGUGUAAAGGAAGAAAUGAUUACAGCACUUGGUGGUUUGAGGUUUUUAUUUGUCAUGGUUGAGCAUGAAAAGGUGUACAAAUAAUUAGAAAGACUGCAAAUUGAGUCACUUUUGUAGACGCAGUGUGUUUAACAUGGCUGUCGAUUAACUUUUUUAGUUGGUCAUAGAAACAACGAUUCUCAGUAAUGUCCACAUGAUGCCAUGACUUUUUUUCUUAUUUUUUCCUUUUCGGAUACACACUUAAACAGAAAUUCAGAAAAUUUGAAAUUCUCAUUGAGGCUUUAGUUAUUUGGUCAGUUUGAAUAAAUCAGAUAAACUGAGACAACAGGGAAAGUCUGGAUAUGCUUUUUUUCAGGUGCUUUUUUUUUUUGUGGCACGGAUAUCAUAUUAUAAUCGGGAUAUUCUCCAGUGCAGGAACAUCAGUGCAGUGUGAAGUUGUUGAAGGUUGCUAUUUGUAAAUAUAUUAUACGAGAUGGUAUAUAAUAAAUAAUAUAAUAUUCAAAAGAUCUUAAAAUUUGGAUUAGAUUUUUUUCCCUUUUUUUUUUUAAAGCAAUAAUUAAUAAGCAAUCUGUCAUCUCAUUUAGACGUCUGCUAAUCCGACUUUCACGAUUGAACCCCCGCUUAUCGCUUAUCGCAUAGUCAACGCCAAACCGGUCCUGGUUUUGAUACCGACGUGCGGAUUCGAUCCUCACACCUGCAGCCUGUCACCUGAGCCUAAAUCAAUCAUUUUAGAACAUCUUUUAGUCUUUUUUUUUUUUUCCACAUUGUGCUUCUGGAGCAGUAAUACUGGGUGUCAAGUGAAACAGUUUUGGUAUCCUUGUUGCUUUUUUGUAUUUAAAUCAAAUGAAAUAAAGAGCAUAUACCAUUUA